AUGUUGUUCCGCUGGUGCCCCUUAGUGGCUCUGGCCAUCGCUUCUGGCACAGCUGCUACAGAGAGCUGGGAAUCACCGCCAUACUAUCCAUCACCAUGGACUAAAGGAGAGGGAGAGUGGGAAGCUGCCUAUCAAAAGGCUGUCUCCUUCGUCUCGCAGCUCACGCUGGCCGAGAAGGUCAACUUGACAACCGGUGUUGGAUGGAUGCAAGAAUCUUGCGUUGGUCAAGUCGGUUCGAUUCCGCGUCUUGGUUUCCGUUCCCUGUGUAUGCAGGAUGGCCCUCUGGGUAUCCGAUUUGGUGACUACGUUACUGCGUUCCCGGCCGGAAUCAACGUUGCUGCCACAUGGAGCAGAGAACUAGCUUAUCUUCGAGGAAAAGCCAUGGGAGAGGAGUUUCGUGGUAAGGGCGCGGACGUGAUACUUGGGCCUGCAAUCGGCCCUAUAGGGCGCGCUCCAGAGGGAGGACGAAAUUGGGAAGGCCUUGGGCCUGAUCCAGUCCUGGCUGGUAAGCUCGUUGCAGAGACGAUCAAGGGUAUGCAGAAAUCAGGCGUGAUUGCAUGUGCAAAGCACUUUAUCGCCAAUGAACAAGAGCGAUUCCGGAUUGCUGCCGAAGCUCAAGGGUAUGGAUUCGACAUUGCUGAGAGUAUAAGCUCUAACGUUGACGACGUGACAAUGCAUGAGAUAUACCUAUGGCCCUUUGCUGAUGCUGUCAAAGCCGGAGUAGGUUCAAUCAUGUGCUCCUACAACCAGAUCAACAACAGCUAUGGCUGUGGAAACAGUUACACGCAGAACAAGUUGCUCAAGGGCGAACUUGGAUUCCGUGGUUUCAUCAUGUCAGACUGGCAAGCACACCACAGCGGUGUUGGUUCUGCCUUUGCUGGAUUGGACAUGUCUAUGCCCGGUGACACUUUGUUCGGCACGGGUGUCUCCUAUUGGGGUGCCAACCUCACCAUUGCCGUUGCCAAUGGAACCAUUCCUGAAUGGAGAGUCGAUGACAUGGCCGUCCGUAUCAUGGCUGCCUACUACAAAGUUGGCCGUGACCAAGUUCAAGUCCCCAUCAACUUCAACUCAUGGACCACCGAUGUCGAGGGCUACCAGCAUGCACUUGUGAAAGAAGGAUACGGAGUAGUUAAUCAGAGGGUGAAUGUUCGUGACCAUCAUGCACAGAUAGCCCGUCGUGUGGCCAGGGAUAGUACUGUUCUCCUGAAGAACGAAGGUGUCCUCCCUCUCACUGGAACGGAGCAAUUCACAGCCAUCAUUGGAGAAGAUGCAGGCCCCAAUAUUAACGGGCCAAACAGCUGCCCUGACCGUGGGUGUGAUAAUGGAACCCUUGCAAUGGGAUGGGGUAGUGGAACGACAAACUUCCCUUAUCUUGUGACUCCAGACGACGCUAUCCAGCGUGAAAUCGUGGGUAAGGGUGUUGGAAAUGUCAUGUCUGUUCUCCAAAAUGGUGACUUCAAAAACAUUCAGUCAGUGGCUGGUCAGGCAGACGUUGCCCUUGUUUUCAUUAACUCGGACUCCGGUGAAGGGUAUAUUUCCGUUGACGGCAAUGAAGGCGACCGGAAGAACCUGACUACUUGGAAGGGAGGCGAUGAGAUGGUCAAGCAGGUGACAUCUGUCUGCAAUAACACCGUACUUGUCAUCCAUUCCAGUGGUCCAAUCCUGGCUGGCGAAUGGCACGAUAAUCCAAAUAUCACUGCCAUUCUAUGGGCAGGUCUCCCUGGACAGGAAAGUGGAAAUGCCCUGGUUGAUAUUCUGUACGGCAAAGAGAAUCCUGGUGGUAAAUCGCCAUUUACCUGGGCCAGGACCGCCGAAGACUAUGGUACCACAAUCUUGCGGGAGCCAAACAACGGAAAGGGCGCACCGCAGCAUCUAUUCUCUGAGGGUAUCAUGUUUGAGUACAGGCACUUCGACCAGAAGAAUAUCACUCCUGUCUACGAGUUUGGAUACGGGUUGAGCUAUACCACUUUCUCCUACUCAAACCUGAAAGUAAGGCCGAUGCGUGCCAAUAAGUAUGUGCCUGCCACCGGCAUGACCAAACCAGCACCACGACUGGGCCACUCCUCGACCAAAUAUGCCGACUACCUGUUCCCCGGUGGCUUCAAGGGGGUAACAAAAUACGUAUACUCCUGGCUCACGUCGACUGAUCCCAAGGAGGCGUCCGGAGACAAAAAUUACGGAAUGCCCCUCGAGGACUAUGUGCCUCCGAAUGCAAACAACGGCGAUGCACAGCCUGUUCUCCCCGCCAGUGGUGUUCCUGGCGGAAACCCCGGUCUGUUUGAAGACUUGUAUGAGGUCUCAGCUGUCAUCACCAACGAUGGGGACAGAGUAGGCGAGGAAGUCCCACAGCUGUAUAUCUCCCUUGGUGGCGAUCGGAAUGCGAAGGUUGUUCUUCGUGGAUUCGACCGUAUCCGAUUAGCUCCGCACCAGCGUUUCCGGUGGAGAACCACCAUCACCCGACGAGAUGUUUCCAACUGGGACCCAGCGAGUCAAGACUGGGUCAUGACCGAGAACCCGAAAAUCGUCUACGUAGGAAGCUCUUCGCGGAAUUUACCGCUUCAAGCACCGCUGCCCGCGCCAAAUUUGGCGUGA